UUCACGCUCUGCAAACUCCAAAACCCGAGUAUAAAUUGGUAAACGCAUUGCCAUAGUCAUUGGUGCAAACUUGGACACUAAACUAAAAGUUCGUAACGAAAGCAAGCGACAAUGUACGGUCUGGACGAGAGCGGACAGAAGAAGGGCUUGCGUACUCGCGACGUCUGCUGCUUCCUUUUCGCAGGUGUUUUAAUAUUUGCCGGCGGAGUCGUCGGCGGAAUAUUUAUCGGGAUAUACGCCUAUCACGGUGGACCGUCCGGUGAUGACGUCACGGUUGAAUGUGUUAUGGGAAAAGACGGCGGCAGCGCGAGAACCACCCAGCAGACGACCACCCUCCCUGUUCACACCACUUCAGACCAGUCAGCAGAUUGCGAGGUGUGCCCUAGACGUAACCCGUUUAUACCGCAAACAGAGCAAGAAGUAUUUGCCCCAUUGAGUUCCACGGAAAUGAAGACUGUUAGGGACUUCUUGAUCUCUAAAGGUAUUGUUACAGACGUCAUUGGCGGAAAUGUGACAUUCACAUCAAACUACAUCACAGGGAUUGACAUUUAUGCGCCUCCUAAGAAAGAUGUGCUCGAAUACAAGGAUCGUAAUGGGCGGUUUCCCGGGAGGCACGCUAAGGCCGUAGUGGUGCGGGGUGGAGCGUCCCCGCCGGAUGUCAUGGAGUUCAUCGUCGGACCGCUUAAUGGGGCCACACGUAUGGAGUUGACAGAACUAUCUUCUGCGGGAGAAAAUGCGUUCACUGCCCGCGCUAUUAACUUUUGGGAGAUAGCUAAAAUGGAGGAGGUUCUUAAACCAAUACAGCAAGUGUUAGAACCGCUUGUUAAGGAAAGCUUUGAUGGUGCCGACUUCAAUGGUGGGGAGCUGUUUUGGUGGCCAUAUAAUGGUCCACCAGGACUGAACCAUGAUGUAAGAGUAAUUAAUCUGAACGCACUAUUUAAUCCUGCCUACGUUUCUGGUGACUAUCACUUACUUGACAUGCUUCCACUGAGUUUAGACAUUAACACAACAAGCCAAACUCCAAGUGAAUGGACCAUCUACAACAUCCAUUACCUCAACCAAGGGCCUUAUUCCACCGCCCAGGAACUACUUGAUGACUACAAUGCAGGGACCAUACGGAAAGUAAAACUACCUGCGGGGUAUAGGGACACGCUAGUGCAGCGAUUUACUGUGGGCAGGGAUACGUCUCGGCGACUCCGAGUGCACGCGGACAUGCCUCCACCGCGGACGUAUGAACCGAAAGGACCGCGAUAUACAAUCAAAGGUCACCGUAUAAAUUGGAUGGGUUGGGAAUUUGAUAUAACCACUCGGAUGAUGCGGGGCCCAGCUUUGUUUGAUGUUCGAUUUCAGAACAACAGAAUUGCUUAUGAGAUAUCCCUUAAUGACAUAGUGCUACAGUACGGGAGCGACAGUUUUGAACGGUCGAAUACAUUUUACACGGACGCAACCUAUGGCAUCGGUUACUACACCGGAACAAUAAAGGGCGUUGAUUGCCCGGAACACGGUACCCUGUUAGAAACAUCAUUUUACGACUACUACAGCGGUGAAGCGGUCACCAGUCGCUCUAUUUGUGUUUUUGAAAGUGACGGGGAGGGUCCGGCCUGGCGGCACAAGUCAAACAGCUACCAGGGUGGCCUCCGCGACUCGUUCUUGGUCGUACGUAUACCAGGGACCAUCGUUAACUACGACUACAUCACAGAGUUUCACUUCAAGCUAAACGGCCAGCUGCAGACCAAACUUGUCGCCACCGGCCACAUCCAGACCGCCUUCUGGGAUGCCGAAAACCCAAACCACGGUAAUAAAAACACAGACGACAGCCCGGAGGCAAGGGACCCGUUUGGGUUCAGGGUUUCUGACUUUGCUCAGGGAUUGAUUCACAAUCAUCUAUUUGGAUUUAAGGUUGAUAUGGAUGUGGUCGACGCAAAUAACAGUUUCGAGGUGAUUCACUUAAAAUCAGGAGAUGUUGUGGACGCUUUCAAGAAAAUGAAUCCAACUGUGAGCAAGAAACCGGAUUACUUUAGAUAUAAUGUUACUCAAUAUGUUGAAUACGAAACAGUUCAGACGGAAAGUGGCUACAAGGCAAAUCCAUUGGAGCCCAAAUACUGGACUAUAGUGAAUGAAAACUAUAGAAACUAUUGGGGCGCCAAGCGAGGCUAUCUGAUUUCACCAAUGGCAACAUCCACCCAAACACAAGUGGACUCCCAUCCUACCCUCGGUGCUGUAUCAUUUACAAAGUAUAAUUGUGCGGUCUCAAAGCGGAAAGAAAGCGAACAGUUCCUUGACUCAUUAUUCGAUGGCUUCCGGUUGGAUUCUCCUAGAGGUGAUUUCAGUCGAAUACUGGAUGGCGAAAAUAUUGUUAACGAGGACUUGGUUGCCUGGGUAACCGUGGGUUUCGUGCACAUUCCUAGCUCAGAAGAUGUCCCGAUGACGGUUGCGGUGGAAACAGGAUUCACCCUGAAGCCGUAUAACUUCUUUGACCGGACGGAAAUCUUCGAUGUUCCACAAACAUACACUGGCGAGUACGGACUUGACGAAUCACCGCCGGAUUUUAGAAAGUGUCGGGAAACGGAUUGACAAUGAUCAAGCGACUUAAAAUGGCUGGUUAACUUUUGUGAAACUUAUCUUUUUAAAUGCAUUGAAACUGCUUUUAUCUAGGUCACCAUCUACAGUGAUUUGAUAGAAAUGAGCCCCUGCUUUCAAAUGACCUGUAAAACAUUUAGUGACCUUUAACCUAUUUUGUAUAUAUAAGGGGUCACUCCUACCACUGAUCUAGCAUAAAAUGGCUAUGCAUUACUGCAUUACGCGCCAGUUAAAAAAUGUACGAAUAUCUCAAUUAUGAAUCUUUUCAACCCAAUGCUUUUGCAAACAAAUAUUUAUUAUAAUUAAAUUUCUGUAUAUAUGAAGUCUUGUUUUGGUCUGUGCACCUAUGCUCUUCAAUCCAUUAUAAAGCGACAGCUGAAAAUGUUAUCAAGCGCGUCAAGCAGACGAAAAGGAUGAUGUCGACUUUUUUAUUUUAUAUGCGCAUGUAAAUACUAUAAAUAUAAAGUACAUAUUUUUUUAAACUAUUUAAUGCCUGAAUACUCCUUGCAUUGAUAAACAUUCUGAACAUUGAGAGAGAUUGGAUGGAGUUUUAAUAACGCUGAACUCAUUAUUAGGUCAUAGUUAUGAGAAGUUAACAGAACAGAUCAGACAUUUAAUUUAGACUUAUACAAUAGCACAUCUUCUAA